AUGGAGCUUGAUCCCGACAACGUAGUCAGCCCCUUCAAGAUGGGAGCCCUCAUGAUGAGGACUGCAAGGGCAGAAGAGGCGCUGGUGUUCUUCAGGAUGAGCUCUGAGCUGCGACCUGACGCUCCUGUCGUCCACAACAACGUCGGGCUGACCUGCACAAAGCUGCAGAUGUUCGAGGAGGCGACCGCCGCGUUCGAGAGGGGGCUUGAGGCGAGCAAGGAUGCGCAAGCCAAGGGGAUGAUCCUGAACAACAUGGGGAUCAUGUACAAGGAAAUGGGCGAGACGGAGAAGGCGAUGGAAUGCUUCGAACAGGCUCUACGCCUUCCGAGCGUGGAAGCAUACAUCAACAAAGCCAGCUCGCUGAUUGAUGCAGGGGAGUAUGAGGAGGCAGAGAAGUGCAUGCGGGAAGGGCUACGCGUUAAGCCGGAGAGCUUGUCGGACGCGUACAACGGGCUCGGGGCGUCGAUCGAGAUGACUCACUCGCGGCUCAACCAGUCGGUCGUGUUCUUCGAGGAGGCGGUCAAGGCCAACCCCCGCAACGAGCCCGCCUACUUCAGCUGGGUGCACCUGAGAUGCAGACUAUGCGACUGGCGGGAGCACGAGAGGCUGUUCGAGGAGGUGAGGAAGAUGAUUGACCGAGGAGCGACGGGCGGGCUCGGGCCCAUCUUCGGCCUCGCAUAUCCCCUCUCCGAUGAACAGAUGUGCACGGUCGCAAGGGCAAGGGCGCGAGAGGCGGUAGGGAACGUGAAGAGGAUGAGGAACGAGUUCGUGCCUUGGGCUCCGAACUUCGCUGCAAUACCUGAGAAGCUCGGGAUUGCGAUCGUGUCGGCUGAUUUCAACAUGAAGCCUGUGGGGCAGCUGAUUCAGAGCGUUUUCAAGAUGAUGGACAAAGACAAGUUCGAAAUAUUCGCUUUCAUGCUCGAAGCCCACGACAACUCGCAUGUGAUGGCCAACAUAGCCAACAGCGUGGACGAGUGGAACUGGUGCAAGGGUCUUUCUCCCCUUGUCGUGGCUCAGAUGGUGAACAACGAACAGCCCAACAUCCUCAUUGACUUCAGCGGCUUCACGGAUGGUGCAAGGAAUGAGAUCGGAGCACUGAAACCAGCUCCUGUCGCUGUGAAUUAUUUGGGUUUCCCCUAUACCCUCACGAUGGAGGGUUUCGACUACAUCCUCUCGGACCGGGUGGUGCUUCCUCCCGAGCAGCACACUUCCUGUUUCCCCGAGAAAGUCGCCUGGCUGCCCAACAUGUACAUGGUCAACGACCACAAGCAGAGCCAGGCCGAGCAGAUCCUCGGUGACUUCACGGCAGCCAACGCCUCCAACCUGAGCCUCCCCCACCGCUCUCAGCAGCUCGUCCUCGCCAACUUCAAUCACUUGCAGAAGCUCGGCCCUCAUACCUUCCACUUGUGGCUCCGCAUAAUGCAGGAGCUCCCAGACUCCGUCCUCUGGCUGCUUCGAUUUCCACCGGAAGCUGAGCCGAACCUGCGCCGAGAGUUCGAGGAAAGAGAGAUAGGCACCAGGCUGCAUCUGUCAGACAAGUUCCCCUCUAAGAUUCACCUCAAUGUCAAGCGAGCCGCCAGCCUCCUCCUAGACACCCUCGAGUACAAUGCGCAUGUCUCGGGGCUCGAUGCGCUCUGGGCUGGACUGCCUCUGGUCACUCUUGCUGGGUCCAACAUGGCGAGAAGAUGCGGUGCUUCAUUCUUGCGAACUAUGAAGGUGCCGCAACUGCUUGCUCGAACAUCGGAGGAGUACGUCUCCAUUGCAACACAACUGGGGGAAAAUCCGCGCAAGCUGCAGGAGCUGCGAGACAAGGUUCUCAACGAUGACCGCCUGCCUCCUGCUUACUCUCCUGCAGGUCGAAUACAGCAGGUCGAACGGCAUUCUCUUCGAUACGAAGGUACCUCUCUCGUUCACCUCCCCUUGUUCCUCCUCUGUUCAUCACCAUCAACACCUGUUGCUCCUCCUCCUUCUGCCCAAGCUCCCUUCCUACUUGUCCAUCUGUUCAAGCUCCUCACGUUCUCCUCAAGGGCUGGGUCAAGGAGUUCGAGUCGAUGCUGCGGCUCAUGUGGGAGGUUAUGCAGUCUCCCUCCUCCCUCCUCCCUGACUCCUACCAGGUCGCUGCAGCUACCGAAGGCAAGAAGACCCUGCAUAUAG